CUGUUCACGAAGUAUAGAUAUAUCUAUACUUCGUGGUACUGUUGUUUAUGGUUAGUAUUUAUUUUAACCUUAAUAAAACAUGGAUUUAAUAACAUACAACAAUAUUAUUCAGUUUAUCCAAAACUAUAAAGGUUUAAUGGUAAACUGUUUACAGGAACUUAAAAUGGAUUAUCCAAGUAUAUCUCACAAUACAAUGUAUAGUAUUCUAAGCAUAGAGUACCAGAGAAGGAUGAAACGAAAUCAUAUAAAGUCAAAUAGCCAAAUAAAUAAAUAUUGGAAAGUUUAUCAAAGUGCUAUUUCAAAUGGAGAUAGUCCUGGCAUUAUUUUAAGAAUGUCUGAAGAAUUCGAUGUAUCACCAUGUUUAAUAGCAAAAUUAAUAUUAAAAAAGUAUAUAGAAGAAUAUAAAGGGCCUAAGAAAAUGAACUUUAAUGUUAAUAGGUAUUUAAGAGACUCUUAUUCUAUUCCCGAUAUGGAUUUAGCAUAUGAAAUAUAUUUGUGUACCUUAUAUGACAAUUUGUAUAGUCCUAUAGCAGACAUAAUGAAACAUUCACUAGGUCAACAGUAUGAAUUUCUACUGCAAAAACAAGUCAUUGAAUUAGGGUUAGCAUUCCAUAAUGAAGAGUAUUUAAGAAAGUGUGGGUAUGAUAAGACACCUGACAUUAAACUGGAAGUGCCUGUUGCAAUUGAUGAUGUAGUUGUUAACUGGAUUGAAAGCAAAGCUCUGUUUGGAGAUGAAUUUGUUCAUAAGGGGUACAUGAACAAUCAGUACUUAAGUUACUGGAAUAGGUUUGGUCCAGGUUUGGUAAUAUAUUGGUUUGGAUAUUUAGAAACAAUUGUUGAUGAUAUUGAUAUGAGAUUCAUAGUUAGAGAUCAUUUGCCAAAAAAUAUUGUAUUUAUUUCAUGACUUUGUCUAAUGAAAAUCAGUGGUGUAUCUGACACAUAAUUUAUAAAUAAACUCCUUUUAGUUUUAUUUUACUGACUUAAAUUGUGUGUAUGUAAAUAUUAGGGGUCCAUACUAGUUUUAGUAGUGUUGUUAUACCACUUGAUUUCAUAAGUAGUUUUCUUUAAAUUAUUUAAAACUAAUUAUUGUCAAUAAAAAUAGUUACCAUUAAAUAAACAUUUAAUAAAAAAUGAAAUAUAUUGUGAAAGUUAUUGGAGUCUAGUAACUUAUUAUUUCUUUUAAAUAGAAUUGGAAUUGCUAUAAUAUUUGAUGAGAUGCGCCAUUAACGAAAUUUACUUCUGUGAUAUGGUGUGUAUGUAUUUUUGUCACCUAGUUGAAAUAUAUGUGUAUGUUUUA